AUGGCACUGCCGAGUUCUCUCACCUUUACACCGAAGAGACUUCCGGUUCACUCUCUGCUAGUCUUAUCAUGGCUGCCUUACUAUGGAGACUUCGAGGGACAACAGAGUCUGGAGCCAGAGGUCAAACAUCAGACAAUCAAUGGGACUCCCACAUUAGCCAGCCUUCCGGUUGCGGGGUAUGAUGCCAUACAGGUAUUUACAAGCCCCGUCUCCAUCAACGGAACGGAAAUCACACGAGACCCGACAACGGCAUCGCUUCCUGCGAACCUUGCCGGAGGUGCAUAUGUCAUUCGGGCAACGGUCUCCAACGCCGAUGACAAUGCCGGCCACAGUCUACUUCUGGAUCAAGCCCGAUGGGAACCGCCUGCGGCCCGUGAGAUGGCCUGGGGAGAAAGACGAUUAAUGCCGAAGAUGCUCCGGUGUGCGUUCGACCUUCCCCACCCCCCGGUGCCCGAGAAGCCGACCCCCGGGGGGUUGCUUGCCCCACACUCCGGAGUACAACCCUUCCUACUUCCCGAAUCCCGGGCAGGGUUCUCAAUCCGGACCGCAGCGGUGUAG